CCGGGCAUCCUACCCGCCCAACAACAAGAAGCUCGAGCCAGCCAACAUGGCCGACCUGGGGAAGAAGUACUGCGUGAACUGCCUGGCAGACGUUACCAAUCUCCGGCUCCGCUGCACCGACUGCCCGGAUAUCGAGCUGUGCCCCGAGUGUUUCUCGGCGGGGGCCGAGAUAGGCAACCACCGGCGGUGGCACGGCUACCAGCAAGUCGACGGCGGUCGGUUCUCCCUCUGGGGUGCAGAGGCAGAAGGAGGAUGGACGAGCAGGGAAGAGCAGUCGCUCCUCGAUGCCAUCGAGCAGUACGGCUUUGGAAACUGGGAGGACAUGGCUGCCCACGUUGGAGCCAAUCGGACUCCCCAGGAAGUCAUGGAGCACUACGUGGCUAUGUACAUCCACGGCAACCUGGGAAAGGCCUGCAUCCCCGACAGCAUCCCUAACCGGGUGACGGACCAUACGUGCCCGAGCGGGGGGCCGCUGUCGCCCAGCCUCACCACUCCGCUGCCCCCGCUGGACAUCAGCCUGGCCGAGCAGCAGCAGCUGGGCUACAUGCCGCUGCGGGACGACUACGAGAUCGAGUAUGACCAGGACGCAGAGAAACUCAUCAGCGGGCUUUCAGUCAACUACGACGACGAGGACGUGGAGAUCGAAAUGAAGCGCGCCCACGUGGACAUGUACGUGCGUAAACUACGUGAGAGGCAGCGGCGGAAGAACAUCGCCCGGGACUACAACCUAGUACCUGCUUUCCUGGGGCGGGACAAGAAAGACACACGAGAGAAAGACAAGGCAGGUCCACUUGGAGUUGUCGGCGCCGCUGCUGGUGGGAUUGGAGCGGUAGCUGGCAGUGCCACGGCGGGACCGGGUUCCACGACGACGGCAGGAACGUGUCCAGUUCCCACCACGCCCAAAAGGAAGCUCACCAAGGAGGAAAAGGAUCAGAGGGCGCACCUACGGGGGCUUUGCCAGUUCAUGGCCCACAGAGAAGUCGAGGAGCUCUUUGAGAACAUGCACAAAGAGCGCACGCUGAGGGCCAAGGUGCGUGAGCUGCAGCGGUACCGCCGCAAUGGCAUCACCCGCCUGGACGAGUCCGCCGAGUACGAGGCGGCGCGGCACAAGCGCGAGAAGCGCAAGGAGAACAAGAGCUUGGUCAUCUCCAAGCGGGGGGGUUGUGUGGGACUCGGCGGGGGGGUGGGCAGUGCGGUCGGAAGCCUCGGCGUCGGUUGUGUGAUCAAAGAGGAAGGCAAAGAGGGCGAGUUUGCCGCCAUCGAGAACCUGACGGGCUUUGAGCUGCUGUCGGACCACGAGAAGGUCCUGUGUAACUCUCUGAACCUGAGCCCCGCCCGCUACCUGACAGUGAAGACCAUUAUCAUCAAGGACAACCUGCAGAAAAGGCAGGGCAUCCCCGCUAAGAGCCGGCUGCCCAGCUACCUGGACAAGGUGCUCAGGAAGCGCAUCGUCACCUUUCUCACGGAGAGUGGUUGGAUAUCCAGAGACAGAGACGCUGCUUAAAUGACUGACUUGUGGCCUUUUUGUGCCUUUUUUUAUGUGGCAUUGUGAAUGUGUACAUUAGAUCCCCGCUAUUCCUGGGGUUACAUUGCCAGUUACCCUCCCGCGCGAAAAGCACACCCGUAAAACACCCUAUAAAUGCCUAUUUUUGUUACUCUAAAGGUAUCGUUUUUUUUCAGGCUGAUACCAAUACAGACCUACCUGCUUUUCAGGACCGAUACCAAUGAGUUAUUUAUAUCUAAUAUUUUAUUAAAUGUAAAAUUAACUGUUAUUUUUGCAGCACGUUUCAUUAGCAGCACGCGUAGCAAAACACCAUCGUAGCAAUGCUGGCAUUUCAGGUGGCUAUAAGGUUUGACGUUUUUUUUCCCCAUUCUCGCGGAAUGUUUGCAGAACAUUUGGUGCAAAUAGCACGCAAAAUGUCUUCCUCUGAAACGGUGAAGUCCCGCACAAUCAGCGCCAUGUUUGUUUACAGUGAGCUCGGGGAAAGAUUACAACAAGUCCUUUACAGCAUGACCAGGAAAAAAGGGAUCACUUGAUUUGCUCACCCUUACCCACCUGCAGCACAGUGCGGGUAAUCACGCCUCAUUGGAGUGUUUUUUUUUAAUGUUAUCAGAUUUAUUGGUAUGUCAUAAUUCCUCAUAUCAGCCUGAUAAUUAUCUAUUUGAUAUUUAUUGUGCAUCCCUACUCUGACACAUUUUAAAUUCAGUUUUACUUAUUAGGAAACCUAUAGUAUUGUACAAACCCCGUUUCCAUAUGAGUUGGGAAAUUGUGUUAGAUGUAAAUAUAAACGGAAUACAAUGAUUUGCAAAUCCUUUUCAACUCCUAUUCAAUUGAAUGCACUACAAAGACAAGAUAUUUGAUGUUCAAACUCAUAAACUUUAUUUUUUUUGUGCAAAUAAUCAUUAACUUAGAAUUUCAUGGCUGCAGCAUGUGCCAAAGUAGUUGGGAAAGGGCAUGUUCACCACUGUGUUACAUGGCCUUUCCUUUAGACAACACUCAGUAAACGUUUGGGAACUGAGGAGACACAUUUUUUAAGCUUCUCAGGUGGAAUUCUUUCCCAUUCUUGCUUGAUGUACAGCUUAAGUUGUUCAACAGUCCGGCGGUUUCCGUUGUGGUAUUUUAGGCUUCAUAAUGCGCCACACAUUUUCAAUGGGAGACAGGUCUGGACUACAGGCAGGCCAGUCUAGUACCCGCACUCUUUUACUAUGAAGCCACGUUGAUCUAACAUGUGGCUUGGCAUUGUCUUGCUGAAAUAAGCAGGGGCGUCUAUGGUAACGUUGCUUGGAUGGCAACAUAUGUUGUUCCAAAACCUGUAUAUGUACCUUUCAGCAUUAAUGGCGCCUUCACAGAUCUGUAAGUUACCCAUGUCUUGGGCACUAAUACACCCCCAUACCAUCACAGAUGUUGGCUUUUCAACUUUGCGCCUAUAACAAACCGUAUGGUUCUUUUCCUCUGUGGUCCGGAGGACACGACGUCCACAGUUUCCAAAAACAAUUUGAAAUGUGGACUCGUCAGACCACAGAACACUUUUCCACUUUGUAUCAGUCCAUCUUAGAUGAGCUCAGGCCCAGCGAAGCCGACGGCGUUUCUGGGUGUUGUUGAUAAACGGUUUUCGCCUUGCAUAGGAGAAUUUUAACUUGCACUUACAGAUGUAACGACCAACUGUAGUUACUGACAGUGGGUUUCUGAAGUGUUCCUGAGCCCAUGUGGUGAUAUCCUUUACACACUGAUGUCGCUUGUUGAUACAGUACAGCCUGAGGGAUCGAAGGUCACAGGCUUAAGCAGCUAAGUGAUUUCUCCAGAUUCUCUGAACCCUUUGAUAUUACGGACCGUAGAUGAUGAAAUCCCUAAAUUCUUUGCAAUAGCUGUUUGAGAAAGGUUUUUCUUAAACUGUUCCAACAAUUUGCUCACGCAUUUGUUGACAAAGUGGUGACCCUCGCCCCAUCCUUGUUUGUGAAUGACUGAGCAUUUCAUGGAAUCUACUUUUAUACCCAAUCAUGGCACCCACCUGUUCCCAAUUUGCCUGUUCACCUGUGGGAUGUUCCAAAUAAGUGUUUGAUGAGCAUUCCUCAACUUUAUCAGUAUUUAUUGCCACCUUUCCCAACUUCUUUGGCACGUGUUGCUGGCAUCAAAUUCUAAAGUUAAUGAUUAUUUGCAAAAAAAAAAAGUUUAUCAGUUUGAACAUCAAAUAUGUUGUCUUUGUAGCAUAUUCAACUGAAUAUGGGUUGAAAAUGAUUUGCAAAUCAUUGUAUUCAGUUUAUAUUUACAUCUAACACAAUUUCCCAACUCAUAUGGAAACGGGGUUUGUACUUACAAAACAUGAAUUCCAGAAAAUCAAAUCUUGUCAAGUAUCUUUCUGCUGCAAAAUGAGUUAAUUGACUAGUGAGACAGCCGAUAACGCCAUCUCACCACUUUCUUUUUAAGUUACAAUAAGAAAACAGCAUUAUUUACAAUUUAAUGCAAGAAAAAUUAAAUUAUAUCAGGGGGCAAUGUUGAACCAUGAAUAGGUGGGGAUAUACUGUAUAGGAAAUGUCCUUGCUGGAGGAUAUAGAACAAAAGAGCCAUAUUUGUGUGUGGAUUGUCAGUAUUUUGUGUCAUCGUUGGGUUUGUUCAUGUGUCUGCCUUAUUGUUACAAUUUGAAAGACAUCCACAGAGAUCUCAACAUGUUUUACCAAUUCGAUGACAUUUAUUGUUAAAGGAGCACCUCAUAGGCUCCCCAUAUCAAAAAGACCAGCGACCUGUUUGAUGAAAUUCACAUUUUUUCAGGGUUGGAGUUGCUUUGCACGGUUGACCAGAUGAAACAAAGGGAUUAGAUUUUGCCCCCCAAUAGAAAAAAGUCAUUUAAUUGUUUUCCAGUGCACUUUUGGUUGCGGCUGACUGCCUCUUUUUAGAGCCGAGCCAGUUGAAAUAAUGUGUAAGGCACAACCAGGUGUGUUUUAGUCACCUGUAAAAUGUCAGUGCGGUUGAAUGUGACGUCCCUGUCAAAGUGCUCAGUCCUAGUUUUGAUUUUACUCCCAAUUUUAAUUUGCAGUUGAUAAUAGUCCCCCAACACAUAUUUAUUGAUAGUAAUUGCAUUCUUGUCACCUUGCAACUUUGUGCCCUUAAAUUGUGACUCUGAAAAUAUGAGUAAGGAAAGUUUGCUUACAUUAUCUACCGACAUGUAAAUAAUUUAUGAAAUGACAAUAACUAGUGACCUGUACAUGAUUUUGUCAUGGAAUUUUUGAUAGCUUUUGUAAUUAAAACUAAUUUUAUAUGGCAAAGAUGUCCUUAAACGACAUGGUGGUAUGUGUGCACAAUUUAUUAAACAUGCAUAAUGUUGAA